CAAACUUGUCCUUUUGCUCUUUGGGCACCCAUUCAACCGAAGACUCUGUGUCAAUGUGUUUCCUUUCCCUUCAUCUCCUCCUUAUUUCCUAUUAGAUUCCUCAUUCUUUACCCCCUCCUCAAGAAAACAUACACAUAUCUACAUAUACGCGUAAGCAUAUGUAAAUGCGUGUCCAGACAUCACACGAUUUCUCAAGUGUCAAUUCAAAAUUUUGAAACUUGAAAGUAGAUUGAAUUUUGUUUAGUGGUUUUUCUUUUUUUGGGUUCAAAAUUUUCGUACUUGAAGAGUAGAUUGACUUUUGUGCGGUGGUUUUUUGUGGGUUUCUUGAAUUAUGGUGAAAUCGAUUGAAAAUGGGACAUCUUUGCCGCCCUUCCUGGUUAAAUGCUAUGAGAUCGUUGAUGACGACUCCACUAACGAAUUGAUUUCUUGGAGCGAAUCCAGCGACAGUUUCAUCAUAUGGGAUGAUUCUAAAUUCUCUUCCCAAUUGUUAUCGAAGUAUUUCAAGCACAGCAAUUUCUCCAGCUUCGUUCGCCAACUCAAUAUCUAUGGGUUCAGGAAAACAGAUACAGAUCGCUGGGAAUUUGCAAAUGAGGCCUUUGUCAAAGGCCAAAAGCAUUUACUGAAGAACAUCACUCGGAGAAAGCAGCCUCAGGGUGUAGUACAAAGAAAAUCUUGUCAAAAAACUUCUCAACUGAAUGAGUUGGAUAAUUCUCUUGCAUCUGAAGAAGACAAAAUUGUUGAACUGUGGAAGGAAGUUGAGAAUCUUAAGACUGAUAAGAAUGCUCUCAUGCAGGAGUUGAAAAAACUACGGCAACACCAGCAGACCUCACACGGUAAGUUAGUACUCCUGAGAGAACAGCUAAAAGGUAUGGAGAAGAACCAGCAGCAGAUGCUUUCUUUCAUAGUGAUGGCUAUGCAAAAUCCUGGAUUUCUGGUCCAGUUAUUACAGCCAAAAGAAAAUACCUGGCGAAUGCCUGAAUCUGGAAAAAAUGUACUGAGUAAAGAUAUGGAUGAUUGUAAACCGGCUCCUUCUGAUGGAAUGAUAGUUAGGUAUCAGCCACCAACAGAUGGAGACUUAGUGCCUGCAUGUACCACCCCAUUUUUAAAUUCUGAAGACGUAAUGGAAUUUGACUUUUCUACCGAUGAAAUGAGAGACCUUCUUGAGGAUGUCGAUCUUUUGUCAGGACCAUUGGAUGGAAAACACCCCCCUUACGAAAAUCAUGGCCAGCUUAUUCUUCCAGAUAUAUCUGGUGAUGAUUAUAUGCUUGAACAACUUUUAUCCAGUCCAUCGAUAGAAAAUGUACAAGCUGCCGAGCUCGAUGAGGACAACAAUGAAUGUCAAAAUAAGAACAUGGAAACUUCAGAUUUUCAGAGCCUACUUGAUAACUCUGAGAGCAUGGAAGUUUUAACUAAACAAAUGGGAAUUCUGAGUUCGGAAGGCAGCCAAAGAUAUUGAGGUUUUCUUGAAGCCAUUGCCCAGGAAUAUCAUGUUUUUGGAAGUUUUGCAAUACAUUUUGGUGUCUUUAAAAAUGACUGGACGACAGGCGUUUUGGCUUGAAUGAAUCUAAUUAUGGUUGGUUAUUGUCCAGGUGAGUAUAAAUGUUUCUAUUAUGAUUAUUAUUCUUCAUAUAGAAAUACAUGACGAGUAGCACAGACAGUGGAGAUUGUACAGUUACAUCCCUAAUUAUAACUCACGGUUCCUGAGUAUCCUUUCUUACACAUACGAGCUUCAUGGUGUUAA